CCGUUUCACAUAAGUAUCAGAAACAUCUGCGCCACUGUUGUUUGUAGCUGUAAGCAUCCCGAAUGACGAGAUCGAUUGGUUUCUUAUUACUAAAUGCUAUGUUAUUAAAUAAUCUUUCGUUAAUUCGUUGUUGAAAGUAUUGAACUCUGUUCAAACUAUGUGCUGUUAAUAUACACAUAGCAUGUGAUCUUUGAAUUGUAUAAGUUUUUGUUUUUGUUUUUGUUUAUUAUUAUUUCAUCAUGGUUGUAGCAGAUCAAAGUAGUUGGCAAGCUGAUGUUGUUGUUGUCUUGGAAGGGACGGCAAAUCUAAGUCCCUACUUUGAAAGUUUAAAAACAAACUACAUUAUUCCUACUUUAGAAUACUUCAAUGGAGGUCCUGCUGAUGAUCGCGAUUGUGGCUGUGAUACCAACUGCACCAUGUAUGCACUGGUUGUAUUUAUGGCUGCUGAUUGUGCUCCAGAAACUGCUGCGACUGUGUUUGGUCCAACUCCAAGUACUCAUAAAUUCUUAACAUGGCUAGAAAAAAUAAAAUUCAUUGGUGGAGCUGGUGAAUCCCACAGCCAUGUUGCUGAAGGAUUAAGCACAGCACUUCAAGUUUUCGAUGAUUUUCAUACAAUCAGAGAUAGCAAUAUUAAAACUCAGAAACAUUGCAUCUUGAUUUGUAACUCUCCUCCCUACCCACUCCCUGCUCUGGAAAGUUCUGCAUAUUCUGGUUUAAUGACUGAACAAUUAGCAGCAACAAUGGCCGAUCGCCAUAUAAACUUCAGUGUGUUAUCUUUGAGGAAGAUUCCUGCCUUUUACAGAAUUUAUGAAAAGGCUGGUGGAGACAUGCAACAAAUCACCACAAAGAAUUAUGCUAAGGAUAGUCGACAUUGUAUACUUCUCAGUGGUUACCAAUUACAAGAGAGGCCUAUAAGUCCUCCUUUGAUGGAAAACAAACCUACUACUGCUUCUGUAUGUAGUCCAACAUCCACUGCUCAGAAACGACCUGCUACCAAUUCACCACCUCAUCCUAGGGAGACUGCUGGAUUUAAACAACCCAAUACACAGAAUUACAAUCCUGGGGGAUUAGAAUGGCCCACUUCAGAAAGUCAAAGUGGAACAAUGACAUCUCAAAAUUCUGUUCAGUCUACUUUACAAGCUCCUAGUACAGGACAGUCUCCAUUAGGUGGUUAUGGCCAAUCUUCUAUGCCUGCACAACCCAAUCAAGCAUUGCCACAAAGAACUGGUAUUUCCAUGCCUUCAUCUCACCUCAAUUCUAUGAAUCAGCCAAACCCUCCCAAUGUUACAAUUACUAAUAAAGGACCACCUCAACACUCAGAUGGUAUUAGACCUCAAAGAGGCCAUUCUCCUGUUCCUAAUUGUGGUCCCCGUAUGACUUGGAAUCAAGCUGCUGCACCUUCACCUCCUACAUCUACACCCCCAACAACCAGUGUUCUUGCUGCACAAUUAAAUAUAGGUCCAAGUAAUAUGCCAAUUAGAUUAAAUUCACCUCAAAUUCCCUUGAACCAAACUGUAUCUAACAUAGUUUCUCAAGCACAAUCCACAAUGAAUAGUGGUCAAAAUGUUUUAAAUGCUGGUGGUAUCAGAGGAAGUUUAUCUAAUAUAGGCCUCAGAAUGCCUACAGCUUCAUCUGUACCUGUUUCAAUUGGUGGAUCUAAUCCUCUUGCACCUCAAUUGAAUCAACACCAAGGCUUUGGCCAAAGUUCCCAACCUCAACUGCAACAGACUACGAGUAUGUCUAAUACAAUGCCCUCUAUGCAAUCUAAGUUAGGCAACACAAACAAUGGAAAUCAACUGAUUUCUUCUCAAGGUCAGACCAUGACUACGGCAUCUACUUCCAACAUGCCGUUACAGUCAGUGCCUGGUAUUUUGCCUAUUUCUCAGGGCACCUCACAGCAAGGGCAACAACCCACUAACCCCUUAGCCACCACAAAAGACAGGCGAACGAUAUGGCAGGGCUAUCUCGAGUUCCAAGAGAAAGUUAACCCACAGCAGGUACAAGGACAAAGAGUGACUCACGCUUUGGCUUGUACCUUUUCUUCUGUUGUGGCUAAUACAGGGGAAUUAGAUGUCAAUGCUGAUAAGUGGCCAAAUAGACUUUCACUACAAUUGAUUCCCAGGCAAUUGAUAGUAGCAGCCAAUUUAUUUGCAAUUUUGAAAACUGCAGCCAAGCAUGUGCUUAUUCAUUUUACUCAAGAUUGUGAUGCUUUGAACAAGUUGUGUAAAAACAUGAGUUCUGGCUUGGUAGGGUGUGUACAGUUUCCUAAUAAUUGUGAUAUCCGAAUUAUGGUAAUACUAUAUAUGCCUGACAAAAGAAUAUACAUGGGUUUUAUUGCUAAUGAUCAAGAGGCAUUUUUCAAUAAUAUUCGACAAAUGUAUGAUAAUCAUCGUAAGCAACAGCAACAAAAACAAAGGAUGCAAAUUGCUAGCUCUGUUCCUCAACCUGAGAAUAAUAUGGCAGUGCAACCCAACACUAAUACAAGUGCAAAUAUGAUGAUUCCACAGCUUGCACCUAGUAAUAUAAACCCUAAUGGAAGUCAAAUGAAUGCCCGUAUGCCGAUCAAUCAACAACCAGUUCCACAAAAUAAUGCUCCAGCUGCCCAAGCUCCUGCCAAUAAUAAUGGCAUGGGACAUUCUCAAAACAUGAAUGCGCAAACUAAUAAUGCUGCCAGAUUAAAUCAUUUAGAAGCUGCUAGACAGCAAAAUUUGCUUAAAAUACAACAACUGCAACAAACCUUGGAACAAGCACAGCAGAAAGAAUUGCAAUAUAAAGCUGCUCAGGAGCAGCAACAGCAAGUACAACAACAAGUACAGCAACAGCAGCAACAACAACAACAGCAACAAAUGAUUGAUAGACAGAAUGCUAUAAGACAGUUGCAACAACAACUACAACUUCAGCAACAACAGUUGGCCCAACAACAGCAGACUAUAAAUAUGCAACAAAUGAACCAGCAAGGUAACCAUAACCCUCAACUGCGAAAUUUGCUGCAGCAGCAAGCACAGCAACAAUUGAGAAGGCAGCAGAUCCAACAAAAUCCAAUGUUGAUGCAACAUGCUCAAGGAAUGCGCCAACAAAUGCCAGGAAAUAUUCAACAAGGAGGAAUGGCAUCUAAUGUCGGGCAACAACAACCACAGCAGCAAGCACAACAAAAUUGGGGAGAUCUGGGAAUGCUAGAUUCUUUACAACCCUAAUUUGAUGAUACUUUUACAUGAGAGCUAUAGAACAAUUAUUUAAAAGCUAAUAUUUUUUACUAUUAACAAGUUGAAUAUGAUUUUAAAAAAAUGCUUAUGUAUAUAUGAUUUCCUUUUUAUAAACUUGAAUUGGUUUAAAUAUUACAGAUAUUAUAAAUUUCUAAAUUGUUGAAGAUAAAAUUAUCUUGAUGGUCUUAAGAUAAAUAUUUAAAGUUAUAGUUUAAAACUCUAUUAUAGUUUUAUUCUUUUUUUUUUAUAUUUAUUUUACUGUUUUACAAUAAUUAUUUGAAUUAACCUAGUCAAGCUUAAUACAGAUUCAAAAGCUGCGCAUUGUCUCAGGCAUUAACUUGAGGAAUGAAGAUUAUUAAAUAACAAAUUUUUUAAAAAAAAAAUAACAAUGUGCAUCUGAACUGCUUGCUUGUUGCACUUAAUUUAUGGAUUUCAAUGAUUCCAAAAUUUUCAUCACAUUAUAAUCUGUCUCAUAGACCUCAACGACGACGAAAUUUCUGUAGUUUCAGUAGAUAUUUUUUCCAGAUAUAGCAAAGGUAAUUUAAUCUUAAUAAAUUAGACUUAAAAGACUUUCAUACUCCAUUACGUAAAAAUAAUACAAAGAGAUAUGUGAAAGAUCAGACAGACAAAUAGUCAUUUUAAAUUCUGACUUAAAUUCUAUCUGUUUUAAAAAAUACUACUGAUAUAACCCUUAAACGCUGGAAUGUAUGUCUUCCUGAUUAAUAAGAAAUGUUUAAAAAAAAGUCUUCACUAUUGUUCUUAAGAUAUUAAAAAAGCAUUCAUCAUCAAUUAAAUUUUAACUUAGUUAAAAACAAUCUAAUAUGUAUUUUUUUUUUAAUCAUUUACAAGAUGAAAGAAAUUUUUUUCACUAGUGAAAUUUUACGAACUCCAUUUUGAUUUCACCCAUUUCAAAUAUUUAAUGUCUGAGACACCCAAGAGUUAACUAUAUUAUAUUAAAAUUGAAUUUGUUUCUAGAAAUCAUUUUAUUCUUGUUCAUCAUCUGCAAUUGUUCCAUCUAAGCAGUGGGCUAUAGAAGCAAAUUCCCACCACAAACAAUUGAAACUAUGUUAAUCAUUGUUAACAUAUUUUAUGCAUUAGAAAUAAAUUCAAAGGCAUCUAAAAAUUAAAUUUUAUAAAAAUAACAGUACAAAGUAUCUUGGCAGACUGUAUGCCAAGUCCUUAUUUGUAUUAUGAAGAUUAUUGUCCAGUAAUUGGAGUCUCAAACUUUUAAUACCAUUAUUAAUACCAACUUCUGCAAAGUGUGUUACUGUUUUACUCAAAUGUCACUUUUUAUAGAUUUUAUAACUGUUCUUAUAAAUUUAGUCAAACUUAAAUUACAAUUUGUCAAACUUAAGUUCAAUUUUUUUUCAAUUUAAUAAUCAGUGUACAAUUGUUCAUUAAUGCAUGUUUAAACAAGGUUCAUAAAAUACAUUGAUGUCAGUAUUUUAUUAUUUUUACGUUUAUUUCAGUUUGCAAAAUUUGCAUUUAGUAAGCAUUUUAUUAAGUCUGUUAUUUGAGCAUGCAGUUUCUAUGUUAUAAAAUUAAUAAUAGUUAUAUAAAUUAUUGGCAACAGGUUAUUAUUUGUAAUUAUUACCUACUAUGUUGUUAAAAAAAUUUGUUUAUUUUUGUACAUAUUUUGCAUAUUUACAAGUUUUAUUCUUUGUAUAAAGUAUUUUGAAGCAAGGUAUAU